AUGCGUUAUCACCUUGGUCUUUUGCUUUCAUUGUGGACAUUUUUGGCGUACUUGGUUCAUGCAGCUCCGAUUUUGAAAUUCGGAAACUCUUGUACGACCAAUGAGGAUGUUUCUGAGAUAUGCCGUAGAGUGAAUCUGAUACCGGUGGGACAUGGCGUCAGGCACCCUCAAGAUGAUCCCGCGCAUCCUCAUCAUGCACAUGGCGGAUUUACUCCUUUGCCCCCUGGUACCUACGUUGAAACCCAUAACCACGUCUACGUUGAUGAGCAAGCCAUCCAGUACUCGCACACAGAGGUUAACGCCGCAGCGCAUCGUCUCGUCCACGACGCGAUUCCCAAUGCUCCUACAUACACCUCCAAUAGGAUGCGGAAAGGCAUAAGAACUUACCCAAAAGCAUCUUCUGGGUUCCGCCCGACGGAGCAUGCGCACGACCCAGCUCAUGGGCAUGACUUAGCGUAUCACUACCCAUUCCACGGGAGACCCGGCACACCGCACCAGAAUCCCCAAGGACAGAACUCCAUGAAAGUCGGGAGUGACCGUAUCAUGGCCUGGAGGAAUCACGGAGACUCUCAUUUCAACAUUGGCGUGUCUUAUCACGAUCCCAAGAGGCCAAUCCCAAACAAUGCAAAUGCCAGGAACCAUCCUUUUUCCCAUGCUCCUGUUAAAAAAGGGAAUGCAACAAAAGUGAAGGCACUUAAGGCUAAGAAAGCAGUCCAAAGGGCGUGGAGGAAGCUCAAGGGUAAUGGCGGUCAUUAA